AGUCGCACACGUUACGUAACGGACGCUCUGGUGUAUGUAGGCAGUUCGUGCAGCCAGCGAGCCAGCCUCAGUUGGUCACGACCUAUGACGUAAGACGUCACCUGUUGAAGGCCGCCACAACAGACAGUAUUUCAGUUUCCAAUGCGCUGGUGAGCCGAAAUGUCGUAAACAGGAAGCUACCGGAAGCUGAGAUACAGCUUAUACACAGGAAAACAUCCACGAUGAUCUAUGUGUUGUGUGCCAUCCUCUUUGCCUCAAUGGUCACCUGCUACGACCAGGAUUACUGUUUUGCGUCUGAGGAAAACCCGUACCUCAUGUACGGAACCAAGACUGCUUACGAGUUUGUACACGAGAAACCGAGGAACCCAGAGGCAGUUCCCUACUGCAGACCUGUCCAAUUCUGGAUGUUGACCCGCCAUGGAACACGGUUUCCUGAAAAGAAAGCUAUAUACAGCAUGCAGCAUCUGCCAGACCUUCGAGAUCAGAUCAUCAACAACCAUGAGAGACGACGAAAGGGAAGGCUGUGCAGUGAGGACUUGGAGAAUCUCAGAAAAUGGACCCUAUCGGUGUUUCAAAAUCAGGCGAAAGAACUCGCCAAUCAAGGAUACGACGACCUCAAGUUCAUGGCUCGACGCUUUAAAUCUCAGUUUCCGACGCUUCUGAAUCAGACGUACAGUCAAGACUUGUACGAGUUCCGUUUCACCGACUCGGAGCGGACCAAAGCCAGCGCCAUUGCAUUUGCCGAAGGACUGUUCGGAAGAAGUUCUGGUAUCUACUUUCCUGCAGCUGUCAAGAACGAUACUCUCUUAAAGGCUUACGACAACUGUCCGAAAUGGAAGGAAGAAGUGGGAAACACUAAUAAGACACUGGAGGAGAAGCAUCUGUUCCAGAUGGGUCCCCAGAUGCAAGCACUUUUACAAAAUGUGUCAGAGAGACUGGGAUUUGGCUACAAGCUCACUUUUGUACAACUGGAUGAGAUGUAUGAUAUGUGUCGCUUUGAUAAAGCGUGGAAUGUAAGAAAUAUAUCACCGUGGUGCGCUGUCUUCUCUAAAGAGGAACUUCAUCUCAUGGAGUACAGGGAGGAUCUUGAAUACUAUUACCGUACCGGAUAUGGCAAUGAAAUUAACGUGAAGCUAGGAUGUCCUACCGUGAAGGACCUCAUCAACCGUUUCAGUCAAAUGGAGAAUCAGAACCUUCACGAUAGGAUUCAGCCAGCUGGAAUCUUUUACUUCAGCCAUUCCGCAGCAUUACACAUGACUCUGGCCCGGCUUGGAAUCGCUAAAGAUCGUGAACACCUUACCCACAAUAAUUAUAACACGAUGAAGAGUCGAGAAUGGAGGACAUCGAAGAUUGGACCUUUUGCCUCUAACUUAGCAGCUGUAUUGUUCAAAUGUGAUGAAGGGGACAGGCAUCGAGUAAUAUUCUACCUUGGGGAACAUCUCGUACGUUUUGACGGCUGUAACGUAGGGCUGUGCAGUUGGUCAUACAUCAAAGAUAAAUUUUCUAACAUUGCCGAGGACUGUAACCUUGAUUUCUGCUACAAGGAUCGCAGCGGAACUCAACAACAUCUUUCCAUCUCGUGGCUUACAGUUGCUGCUUUUGUAUUCACUGCAUUCUGCAGACAAACCUUCAUUUAAAGUUCAUAGUCGUUACUCGGUCUUUUGCCUCCUCCGCUAUUGGCAACUGGAGAGCCAUAUAAUUGUUUUUAUUACUUCAGGUAAAAGUUUCUAACCAAUAAUAAAGAGUAAAUCAGAGUUACAUGGGGAAGUACGAUGUACUAAAACGAGCUUCACUGUUGGCCUACUACAGGGAAAAAUUCAUUUUUUUUCCAAUGACCUUGAAGUCAGUGGUUCUCUGUCUUUUUGAGACUGUGAACCUUUUAAUCAGAAUAACAUUAUGUUAUAUUACAAAAAUUAGAUGCUCAGAAUAAGAAUUUAAUCCAGAAGAUCUAUAAGAAUAAUUCAGGUCUGCGAAUAAGUUAAGCAACUGAACUUCAGACAAUGAAGACUCAUGCACACUGUUCAAUUUUGUGUAAUUUAUUUUUGAAAUUUUAAUAUUUCGUAACACAUCUUUCAACGUAUUAUCAUAAACACAAUAUUCUUAAACUUCUUAUUUUAAACACAAAAUGCAAAAUGAAAAAAAAACUAUACUCUUUUGCCCAUGAGAUCUUUUAUCAAUAUUAUAAUAAUGUUUUGAGUAGAAAUUUUCAGGUAGCAGCAGUUAUGAAACUGAGAUAUUCCCUUUCAUGGUAAGAAAUGGGGAAAAAUGUGUAACUCUACAAACAAAUUAUGUUGCUGAAGGUAAUAAGUAACUCCCCAGUUGGCGUAAAACAUAAUCUGUUCAAGAAAUUCGUUUUUUAUUGUAGAGGCUGAAGGUUCAUUUUUUUCAAUCAUGAAAUUCUGCCAAAGGACCACGUCUGUCUGUUUGGACUGCCGUUGCAUUUAAGAUGUGUUAACGAUGGUCAGAUAUUUUUUAUAUUAAACUUAUUGAUAACAUGAAAAAAUUUAGGUGACAUAGCAUUUGACGCGGAAGAAGAGACGAAGUGACGCAUUCCAUAUCAAUAACUCGUGUUUCAUUAUUAUUUCACAUGAUUAAUUUUUCCAAAAAUCUGUGGGUCUUGCACGUGAUACAUUGCUUAAAAGAGACUGUUUCAUGCAGGCUGGUUUUGAGUUAGUUAACUCCUAAACUUAAAGCCACUGUAUGUGUGAAUUAAUAAAUUAUGAAGAGAAGUUACAGAGUUACAAAAGCAAGCCUCUAAAAAUGUCUAACGACAUCAUUUCACUUAUAACGGAUAUGGCAUAUACAUCAAUGUCACCUGUAAUGGACUGAGAAUGCCAGUUAUGAUUAUUGUACAAAUUUAUCAUAUUACUAAUACCUACGCAAUAUAAAAUUUUAAAAAAAAUUUAGUAUCCUUGGUUGAUUAAAAUAUUUCAAAGUGAUACUUUAUGUACAUAAUUUCAGUAUAUGUAUAUAAUUUUUGUACAAAUGCAGCUCACUUAUGAGGCUAAACGUUUCGCAAUAAGAAAAUGUGCAAUUAUGUUGAUUAGAAACAAUAAUGACAAAAUCAUUUCUCUGUAUAUACAUGUUUUGUAGUCGUUAUUAAUUCUGUUUUAGAACAAAACAGAAAAUAAAGGAUAAUAUAUGAGAACAAACGUAAGGGAAAGAACAAUUCCUUGUAUUUUGGUACAGGUAAUUAUAAAAAAAAAAACUGGGCAAAGUGCAGGAAUUUUAUAUAAUUAUGUGACAUAAAAUAGUCUAUAAACCAGCUGUAAAUUUAUGAAAUGUCUAAUACUACACUAACUUCAA